GUAGCAGACAGUUGACCGGUUCACAUUCACACAGGGUUUUAGCCACGUGAGGUCUGUUUGUCGAUGUUCCCAUUAUAGGGUAACUAGGGGACAACCCUAUCAGAGAUCUGCAGUGCGUUUAGAUGGCAAUAGCUUUUGGAUUAUGUACCACAUGAAGCUGAGUCUGUAACAGACGGGUAAUCCAGCAGGAAGAGACAAAAAUGCAACACUUCCAUGACUUGAAGUCCAGUCUGUGGAACUCUGAGCAGAUACAUUGCAGUGCUAUAAACCGUUUCUCAUCAUUUAAUAUUCGUCGAGCCGGACGUUCCAAUCACACCGCACCGGCCAACAACAUUGAGCUUGUUACUCCAAAGGUCAAAGAACGCACACAGAAUGUCACAGAAAAAGUCACACAGGUACUUUCUUUAGGUGCAGAUGUUUUGCCCGAGUAUAAGAUUCAAGCUCCAGACAUUCAUAAGUGGAUCAUGUUGCAUUACAGUCCCUUUAAAGCUAUGUGGGAUUGGAUCAUUCUUCUGUUAGUGCUCUACACAGCCAUCUUCACACCGUACUCAGCCGCCUUCCUCCUAAAUGAGCUGGAGGAGGAGAGGAGACCGCCCUGCGGUUACACCUGUAACCCUUUAAAUUUAGUAGACGUGAUAGUGGACGUUCUGUUUAUCAUAGACAUUGUGAUUAAUUUCAGAACGACAUACGUAAAUCACAAUGAUGAAGUUGUAACUCAGCCCAAGCGUAUCGCUGUCCACUAUAUGAAAGGUUGGUUUCUCAUUGACAUUGUGGCCGCUGUUCCCUUUGACCUGCUCAUCUUCAGGUCUGGAUCAGAUGAGACAACAGCCACUCUCAUUGGCUUGCUGAAGACGGCCCGGCUGCUGCGAUUGGUCCGCGUGGCCAGAAAAUUGGAUCGAUACUCUGAGUAUGGAGCUGCAGUUUUAUUCUUGCUCAUGUGUACCUUUGUGCUCAUCGCUCAUUGGCUGGCUUGUAUCUGGUACGCCAUUGGUCACGUGGAGAGGCCUUACAUGAAGACCGGUUGGCUGGAUAAUUUGGCUGAUCAGCUGGGAAAGCAUUAUAAUGACAGUGAUGUCAGCUCAGGACCCUCAACUCAGGAUAAAUACAUCACUGCGCUCUAUUUCACCUUCAGUAGUCUUACCAGUGUCGGCUUUGGAAACGUUUCACCGAACACCAACUCUGAAAAGAUCUUCUCCAUCUGCGUCAUGCUCAUUGGCUCCCUGAUGUAUGCCAGCAUAUUUGGGAAUGUAUCAGCAAUAAUUCAGCGGCUUUAUUCAGGAACAGCCCGCUAUCACACGCAGAUGCUGAGAGUCAAAGAGUUCAUUCGCUUCCACCAGAUACCUGGAGAUCUCCGACAGAAACUGGAGGAAUAUUUCCAGCGCGCCUGGUCUUACACCAAUGGCAUUGAUAUGAAUGCGGUCAUGAGAGGUUUUCCUGAAUGCUUGCAAGCUGACAUUUGCCUGCAUCUCAACCGCAGUUUACUGCAGAACUGCAAAGUGUUUCGUGGGGCAAGUAAAGCGUGCCUCAGAGCUCUGGCCACACGCUUUAAAACCACCCAUUCCCCACCCGGCGACACCCUGUAUCAUCACGGUGAUAUGAUCAAAGCCCUGCACUUCAUUUCACGUGGAACCAUUCAGGUGUCACGUCAUAACAUUGUGCUCGCCAUACUGGGAAAGAAUGAUGUAUUUGGCGAGCCAAUAAAUCUGUACUCGGAUCCUGGUCACUGCAAUGCUGAUGUUACUGCACUCACCUACUGUGACCUUCACCGUAUACAAAGAGACGACCUACUGGAGGUCCUGGAUAUGUAUCCAGCCUUUGGCGAGAGGUUCUGGAGAAACCUCCAGAUCACUUUCAACCUUCGAGAUUCAGAACAGAUGAUGCCCAGUGAAAACUCAGCCUGUGGUUACCAUGCGAACCGCAUACGACACCGCAAAAACUCACAGGACAGACGCAACGGACCAGAUGGAAUGGAUCAGUAUGACUCAUCUGGGAUGUACUCAUCUCGGAUCAGUUCGACACUUGUUAAUCAUCAUUUACCAGUCAAUCACAUAGACUGGGAGGAGACAUACAGCUGUGGCAGCUCCAGUUCACAGUCCAGUGAAAACCUCAACAAAGCAGAACAUCUGGACUUUCCCUCUCCUGCUGUUAGACUGAUACCACCAAGUGGUGCUUCAGGGAUCAGCACAGAAUCCGGCAUGGACAGGGAACAUUUGGCUCCUUCUGCGUCUGGAUUGUUUCAUUUCUGGCCUGAUCAUCAGUCAGAUUCAUACGUUGAAGAGUCUCUGCGUGUUUCUUCUGUCCCAGUUUCAUUCCUAACACCACCGUUUGCCGAUCAACAUGGUGAGGUUGAGUCCAGACUGGAGCUCCUGCAGAGCCAGCUCAACAGGCUUGAGACAAGAAUGACCACAGACAUCAGUGUGAUUCUUCAGCUUCUUCAGCGACAGAUUGCUUCUGUUCCUCCAGCGUAUAGCACUGUACUGCCUGACACCCGCACUCCUGACCCAACCACACUGUUUACAAACAGUGCGCCCAUACUAAACACCAUAUACCCUAUCCCAAAUAUUCAACUGGACAGUAAAACCAUUCAGAUUUCGACCCAGCCAGAUUCCAGAUUCAAGUCAAACUCUCAAGGGUCUCUGUCCAGUGGUAUUCAGAUGGGUGCGGCAUCAGAUGACUGUGUUCCUGCUAAACUAGAAACAAAACCUAUUACAGUCCCAAUUCUUCAGCCCAGUUUUAUUGAUGCACCACGAUUCUGUGCACCCCUUAGAUUAUUUCCCUCUCUGCCUGGCAGUCUGAACCUCUUGCACCCGGGAGAAAUUCAAAAAACCAUGUCUGAUCCUGCUUUACCAGUCAGCUGAAAGCUACAAACAAACCAUGUACAAGCCUCCGACUCUCACUUGGGUGUAUUUAAGAGUGAUGUGUACUUGCAUACGAUAAAAGCAUUUAAUACAUUGUGUUUAUUGUAUACAUAUGUGUUGUCCUGGAUACUGUAGAUUUAAGCCUUAGGGAUUAAAAGUGAAAUUGCAUGCAAAUACUAAUGUAAUUGAAUUUACCUACACAUAUGUACACAAUAAUCACAUACAGUGCAAUAGUACACAGCUACUAUAAAGUGGGACCAGCAUCUGUUUUAUAGCAAGAACAGCAGAACCAGACUCUGAAAAGCUCUUAAACCCCAAAUGCACUGAAGACAUCUUAACCCGAAGAUGUACAUGAGUGACCAUCUUUAAACUCUUGUCACAUCAUGUAGAAAUCAAACAAACAAAUUAUUCUGUAAGUCAGAUGCUCAAAAAGAAUCAAAAUGAUAAAACUUAGCAAAGACUCUAUAGAGCUUAUGUCAUUCACUUCUGCACAUCAGCCUUCAGGACAUUUAAUACUUGUUUAAUGUCUGGUGAGAAUGAUGUAUGUGCUGUAUUUACGAAGUAUGUCAGUAUACUUGCAUUUUUUUGUAUGUAACUUUCUAAAAAACUGUUUUGAAUGUUUUUUG